CGGUUGAGCCAUUUCACAAUCGAUUAGGUCGUUUUUGUUUCGAUUUAGACUCGUUUUCGGUUGGUUUUGCUUCCACCCUAGGUCAAUUACCAAACAGACUCGUCUUUCCGCCAGAAAGCCCAAAACGGCGCCGGAGUUCAUCCAUCGGCAAUAGACGGCGACGCACUUCAGCUCCGGUUCGAAUUUUACACUGUUAAACUUGAGAAGGAGAGGGAAAAUGGCGCUACAAUUUCUCAAGCUUCCCAUUUCGCGUUGUUGCAUUACAAGUAGUAGUACUAGUUCAAUCAGUAGCUUACUUUUCCUCUACGAAUCAUCAAAUAUCCGAUACAUGCCAGUGAGAUGGAGGGCGAACCAGAUCUGUAUGAAAAUUAGAACAUUUGCCUCGGCCACAAAGUUAGAUAAUCCCCCGCCGCAGAAGAAGAGAAAGAGACUUGAUGAGUUAUGUCUUGAAAAGUAUCAGCAGUACAGCCGAAGCUUGAUACAAUCGUGGAUCAUACAAGGUAAAGUCUAUGUUGAUGGAAAACCCGUAAGCAAAGCUGGUACUCCUGUUUCUGAUAAAGCUACAGUGGAGAUAACGGCGGAAAUUCCUAAAUAUGUGUGCAGAGCAGGAUAUAAAUUAGAGGCAGCCAUUGAACAGUUAGGUGUUGAUGUUUCUGGAAAAGUAGCUCUUGAUUCAGGUUUGUCUACUGGAGGUUUUACUGAUUGCUUAUUGCAAUACGGUGCUUCCUUUGUUUAUGGAGUUGAUGUUGGAUAUGGCCAGGUUGCAGAAAAAAUUCGAAGAGAUGAGCGUGUCUCCAUAAUAGACCGGACAAAUUUAAGAUAUCUUCCUGGGCUUCCACAGAAAGUUGAUUUGGUGACAUUGGACCUUUCUUUUAUCUCGAUUCUUCUGGUCAUGCCGGCUGUGGUGAAUGUGAUGAAGGAAGAAGCUACCCUAAUUACUCUAGUUAAGCCCCAGUUUGAAGCUCGAAGAUCCCAGGUUGGAAAAGGAGGAAUAGUGAAAGAUCCUUUGGUUCAUCAAGAGGUUCGUGAGAGGAUCACCAGUGGUAUAGAGAACUUUGGAUUUGAAUCGAAAGGAUGGAUCGAGUCUCCUAUAAAAGGUGCAGAAGGAAACACAGAGUUUCUUGUAUGCUUCAGUCGGAAAAUUGACAAGUCCUCAACUCCUCAACAACUCACACUUGAAACCGCACCAAGAUUGAACUAAAGUUACUAUAGAAGAAAGUAAGGAGAUGAAUUUAACAAGUUUUGUCUGUCGAACAGAAAAACAGGGUUUAAUAAAUAUUAUUAAGAUUUUGAACUUGAAAUAACAAAAUCUUUGUCCAAAGGAGGAUUUGGAGAAUCUUUCAGCAUUUCAAUUGGUAGUUUAAGUUUGAAUACUUGUCCAACUACAGAUAGCCAUGACACAAGAUAAUGCUCCAAUUUCGCUCCAUUUUGAUCUCUCGAUGAAUCGUUUUCAAGUAACAAUUUCAUCCACUCGCUCGUUGCACACGGAUGCAACAUGUACCACGGCCUGUUUAACUGCGGGUGAUCCUACAAACAAACGAGCAAUUCCAAUGUUAUGUAAAAUCCCAUAGAAAGUUUUAUAUUUACUUGUUUUUUUACCUCGAGAGUGAUGAAUGUCCAUUUUGAUUCCAUCAACAACUUAAGUGAAUCAGAAGACAGGUCCAUUUCAAUCUCGUUCAUUAACAUAAUCUGUCCAUCUGUUGCAGACAUUAUACGAGCAAAUUUCAAAUUUAAUCAGAUUUUUGCA